AUGCUCACGGUGGCCCCUGCGCGCGCCAGCCUGCCGUGGGCGCCGCUGGCUCGCAGCCAGCGCAGCCAUCGCAGCCAGCUGCUGCCACGCUUUGCGGCGCCGCGGAGGCUGAGUUGGUCGUGGUUGGCGGUCACAGCUGGUCUCAGCAGCAUGGCACGUGCUGCGCGCCGCAGUCAGCGGCUGGAUUCGCAUUUGCACUUGUGGACGCCGGACGAGGCGACCUAUCCCUGGGCCACGGCCCCGCCGGAACACCUCAACGAUGGCCGCGCGACGAGCGAGAGCUUUCUGCAGCUCAUGGACGCGAACGGCAUCGAGAAAGCAGUGGUGGUCCAACCCAUCAACUAUGCCCAAGACUACAAGUACCUCCUCAGCGCGAUGCAAAGUCAUCCCGAUCGCUUGCUGGGCGUUUUUGUGGCGGACCCCACUGUCACGGAGCCGGAGAAAUGGAUGGAGGACAUUACCAAGAGCCACAAGAAUUGGGUGGGUAUACGCUUUAACCCCUACAAAUGGCCGGAAGGGCCCGAAGGCAUGGCAGAUGAGACUGGCAAACGCUUGUUUCGGAAGGCCGGCGAGCUGGGUCUGCCCGUGGGAGUGAUGCCCUUCAAGGGCCUCAGCCAACACCUACGAGACCUGGAGGAGCUGUUGAAGUUUGAUGCAAAGACGCAAGUGAUCAUCGAUCACUGGGGUUUCUUCCUACAGCCAGCUACCGGCUUUGGAGAGAGAAGUUUCGAUGAAGCAAGUUGGAGCGGCCUGCUGAAACUCAGCCAAUACCCUCAGGUCCACGUGAAGAUCUCUGCGCUCUUUCGCGUGGCGCCCGACGCGUUGCCCUUCCUGUCCCUGUCGGAUCGCUUGAAGGAGUUGCUAAAGACCUUUGGCUCCCAGCGGCUGUUGUGGGGCUCGGAUUUCCCUUACGCCACCGAGCACUCUAGCUAUGCAGAGGCCGUUCAGGCCCCGGAAGCUUGGCCGAUCUGGCAAGAGAUGAGUGAGGAGGAUCGGCGGAACUUGCUCCACGACACCUGCGCCAAGUUGUAUGGCUUGCCUUUGUUGCCAAAGGAGGACCUCUGGAGCUUUAGCCGUUUAGCCGGAGCAUGGAUUCAAGAGACCAAAAGGCAGUUGCAGCUCAUUGGAGGUCGCAUUGACAUGGAUGGCUGGCAAACCAUUGCAUCCAAAAGCACCCCGGAGGUGAUCGUUUGGGUGCUACAAGAGGGCGAAACCGUCUCGACCGUCAACUGGCUCUUGGAGGAAGAUGCGGAUGACAACACCUUGGAAGGUCUCGACUCCAGGAACAUCAUCCAGGGCAAGCGGCGGCGCGUCAAGGUGGACUAUGCCGCCUUGGAAAAGCAGAUCGAUGAGGAACAGCGGCAGUACGAGGACGUCUUUUCGGAUGCCUCCAGCAGUUCUGAAGGUGGCAAGGCCGGCAAGGCCUCCAGCGUCGAGAACGGAAGCUUGGUGGACUCGGUGGACUCCACGGAGAUGUCGCCCAAGGAGUGGUCCGAGUAUCAAGGUAAACAGGCAAAGAAGGCCACAGGCCUCUUCCGGCAAUGGAUGCUGAGCACCUGCACCAGCAGGCAUGAGGAGAUCUUGAGACGCAAGGGCAAGCUCCAAACACGUCUUCCAGUGGUUCUGGUGGGUCCUGGCCGUCGUUUCUUGGAGCAGGCGUUGGAGCCUUACGGGGUGAAGGUCCGCUUUCACCUUCAGGAGACAUUGCUGGUGGUGGACACGAGCAGCCGCCAAAAGUUUCAGGAGCGGCACGCGGCUGACUGGGCGGCCUCCUCAGAGCGCCUGAAAGGUUUGGAGAAGCGAAGGGCGCUGGAGAAGCGCCGCGCCGAGGCAGGCACUUUGGGAUCUUGGCGCAUGGCUCACGAUGAGGCUCCUGAACCAGCCGCUCCUCCUGAAUCAGCUGACCUUUGGAACCAAGGAUUUGAUCAAGGUCGUGGAAGUCAGGCUGAGCAGCCACACACUCCUCAGCCUGCUCAAGCAGCUCCUGUGACACAAGCUGCCCGAAAUUUUGUGGAUAGGUCCAAUGAGACGCCUGCCGCUCGGCGCUUGAGAGAGCAGCAGGACAAGGCCGCCAAAUCAGGUCGCCGUUCGGUGAGGUACAAUCAGAUGGGCGCUCACAAUGCUAUCAAUGUGCGCCUGCCCGAGCAUCUGCAGCAGGUUGGUUCCGGUGAAAAUGAGAGAUCAGUUCUGGUCUUGGAUAGCCGGGACAAUAGACUGCAGUCCCCUUACCAGGGGUGGCUCCUGGAUGAGAUUUUGAUCAACGCAAAUGCAAGGAUCAAUAUCUUGAGCGAUCGAGCUCUCGUGCGGUCGCCUUCCACUGGGUACCACAUGAACUUGUUCAUGCUCAAGACCCUUGAUGGCCUCAAGCUGGUGUUGUGUGGCUCCAUGACUUCCUACGGCUCCGUGCCAUGUGGAAAGUGGGAUGAAGACACUGGCAAGGUGCUCUCGCACGAGGCUUUUCAGCCUUUUCGCUGGCCUCUGAUGCGGGAUGACUCUCCCACUUGGGUGGAUGUCAAAGUGAAGAUCGAGGGACACCUCUUCAUCCACCUGGAGCUCAGGGGCUAUCGCUCUGACAGUGACAUGACGGUUCAGAUUAACCAUGUGGCUGACCAUCUCAUGUACGUUUUGCAGGAGAAUGCCUUCAUCCCCACGUUCGUGGUGACGAUCUUCCAACAAUGGCGUGUCGUUGCCUGUUCAUGGGAAGUGGGAGGCAGGCUGUACGUCUGUUCAGAAGGUGGCGUCGUGGUAGCUGCAGACUACCCUCUUUGCCACUUUGAAUGCAGGAUCGUGGCGACGUCAUCUGAAGACGCUUUUGGCCUAGAUGCAGAUCGUUUAGAAUUCAGGUUCCUGAGUGCUGGCGAUCGCCUUGAUGUUGCGGCAAGCACUUGUGCAGUGCCUCCAUCGUGGUUGGUGGUCAGCCGAGUGUCAGGACCAACCCUGAUCAGGAAUGCAAACUGGUGCAGGUCCAAGUAUGCCCGCAUCGAAUCGCCUGACCAGGCGUUGCAGUUGGCUCAGCUUGCUAGCAUCCAUGCUCAUUGGACGGUGAACGUGGAGGCAGCUCGCGAAGAUGACACUGGACCUAGAAUCUCAGCUGUGGCCGUUGAGAGCAAUGCAGCCAACUUGCACCUGAUCUGCGAGUCACCCUUGUUCAAGAAGGAACGUGCGAUUGUCCCGCCGGAAGCUCUGGCGUUGCAAGCUCACAGCCGGGCUGAUGAGAAGGAGACGGUGGUCUUGCCUCCUAUCACAGGAGGACCGGCUGUUCAGCCUACUUGUGCACAGCCAAAAGGGCUUGCAGCCAUCACAGGCUAUGUGGGCAAUGCAGAUCUGACAGUGGCGCCUUUGCCAUCGGAUGGAGCUCUCCCCUCUUUGACAGAGCCAGGCGUGGCACCUACACCUAGCUCUUGGUUGGGUGGGGCGUUGGCUCCAACGCGCAGGUCGCUGGAACAGAGACGGGCGGAGCGUCUUGACUCUUCAGCCCUCACACCAGCAGGUUUCUUGGAACGUGUGCAGACCUUUCGGGCUGAGCCUCAACAGCAGGCAUCAGCAUCAUCAGCUGAGAUCCAGAUCGAGAUGCUUUCAGGAUCUCUGGAUGGCUCCGAAAAUUUGACGACCAGGACAGAACCUCGGUCGUUCGGGCCUCCUGCACAGGUAGAGGCCAUCGCCAAGACACCGUUGGCCAACCUGGCGUUUGUAUCGGCCAUGGGAGUCAGCUCGGCUGCAGAGUUCUCAGCUAAGGUAGCUGAGUGGGCAGGGUCUUUCGACCCAGCAGUCAUUCAAGUUUUGUUGAAAGAUUCUGGCCAGCUCGAAAAUUUUUGGUCGCUCGCAAUUAGAGCAGAGAAGAUGUUCUUUGAAUCAACUGCGCUCCAGCUUGGUUUUGGUUUGUGUGAAAACAAGCCCCCUGAUAUUCAGGGAUCGCCACUUGAUCAACUUCGGCAGUCAGCUGGAGUCAGGGCUUUGCUCAGUGGCCCCAAAGCGCCAAAUAAGAAGCUCAAGGGCUUAGCACAAGCUAGCGACUCCUUGACACCAUUACUCGAUCAAGAAAACAAUGAGAAAGCCAAAUGGGCUGCUCGGCUUGAGGCUAUUGGCCGUCGUGCCGGAUCGGCAGCCAAACUGCUUGUUCAGCAGGGGCAGAGCGACGACUUGUCGCCCCCCGAGCUGGCGCGGUUGAGGCAGAUCGUCCUGCUUUCAGGGGCUCCCCGAACUAUGUCAGCUCACAUACGAGCGUUUGAAAAGUUCGAGCACUGGGCAGCGGCCUCCUCAGUAGUGCUGUACCCGAUGACAGUCGACAAGAUCUUGAAGUACUGCUUGAUUUUGGAUCAGCGUGAGUGUGGCCCCUCAGUUGUGCCAGCAUUCAAGACGUCUGUCAAGUGGGUGGCCUCUCGGCUAGCGAUCGACCUGCCUGAUUUGGACGAUCAGCGGCUGAAGGCCAUCCAAGAUCAGAUAGUCUCUGCGCGCGCAACUACUUUGAAAGAAGCAGUGCCCAUCCCGAUCGCAGCGGUGUGCACCCUAGAAGCAAUCGUCGUCAACUCCAAGGAGUUUGCUCAGGCGAGGAUCUUUGUGUGGUGGCUCCUUUGCAUGGUUUUUGCAUCGCUGCGUUUUGACGAUGCUAUCCAUGUCAAGCCUGCUGAAUUGAUCAUGCAAGAUGAAGGCCUGUUCGGUGUUGCGUGGCAGACCAAAGUGGAGCGGAAGAGGGCUGGAACCAGGUUCAUGGUCCCCAAAGUUGGGUUCCGUCACAAUGACUGGCUCGAAGUUGGGUGGAGCUUGUUCAAGCUGCUGGAGGUCCAGGACCGUGAUUUCUGGAUGUUUGAGUUAAACUCGAAAUCCGAGUUUGACCAGCGCCCGCCGUCUCACCAGCGCACAGUAAAAUGGCUGCGUUGUUUUGCACAUCAAGGGAUAAUGCUCGAUCGGGAGAUUCCUGCGACAGAUCGCAAGAGUCUGAUCGAAACUGUCGAUAAGCUGACAGUUCACUCAUGUCGAGUCACCUUGCUCGAUGCUGCUGUUCAUGCUGGGCGCUCCACGGAAGAGAUCGGCCUACAGUCCGUGGGAGACAUUUUGCCAGAUUUAUCCGUGCUCUGUAAAGCCUGCUCCAAAGCAAGGGCCGCAGCAAGUGUUGCUCAGCACCGUGCGGGUCUCGUGCUUGUCGCCAUCAUGGUCGAUCGCACUACCUACCCGGAUGAUCAAGUUCCUGAGUUAGCAUUGCGGCAGGUCUUCGGGCGCCAGCGGCUUCCAGAGAAUCUGUGCCUGCUCGCAGCCGAGGUAGGCCUUCGCACCAUGGACACAUUUGCCAUGCUCGGCGACAACAUCACCGGUGUCAAGCAGACCCUCAACCGCAUCGUCCCUGACCCAGCUCGGUUUGGUGCUGACGCGGCUGCUCAGGAGUUGGCACUCACCAAUUUGACAGCAGUAUGGAAGACAUGCUCUACUUUACAAGAGCACUUCGCCUCUCGGCGUGCCAAGAUGGAAGAAGAUCCUUCGAAGGUACCCGAAAUUCCGGGUGAGGAUCAUGCAGAGUUCCGCGAGCAGUUCGUGCACAAACACCCAGAUGUGUUGUUGCCGCCCCACCGAGAACCUCACAGGAAGUUGGUCGAACGCAUCCAACGUGAUUACCUUGUUCAUGGUGCUGUGAUGUUCUACCAGGUGGGUGAACUGCGCACGCGGAGCGAAGUGAUUGUUCAGAAAGCGGGCAUCUCCAAGAAUGCGGAGGAUUUGCUGAAGGUCGUCACGGUUGAUCAACCUGUGUCGGCUGCCUCAGAGAGCCAGGUUAUGGACAAGCUUCAUGCCUUCUUCGUGGCUCUUGAGUACCUCAAUAUCUGCGAAUUCACCGCCGCUCGCGGGCCCCUGAAGUACCUCUCCGAGCUCGAAGAGUGGCGGCAUGAGAACAAGGGGUUGGCGCUGCUGCUCACAGUCGACUCCCUGAUCCGAAAGAAGGUCCAUCGACUUAACCAUGAUCAGAGGAAGUCCUUUCCCACGUUCUCCUCCGCCCUGCUCGAGGUCUUGGCCAACCACAAGCAGCUUUGGAAUGAUGCGCGCAGCAGCGCAGAAUUGGACAAGUUCAAGCAGGCUGGUCAGCAAGCUCCUUCUACACCACCACGGGCUCCCAAGCGUGCUCUUGAAGAGGAUGAUUCACCUUUUAAAGCUUCACCCAAGGCCAAGAAGAACAAAGCUCGGCGCGAAAGGCAGAAAGCCGUGCUCGCUCGAGCCAAAGCCACCUUGGCCGAUCCCAAGGGAGCGCGCAAGGAGUCCAAAGUCUCCAAAGACGCUCGCGUGCCCGCCAAUGAAUGGUCAGCCAUCACCGCCUUCAAAUACUCAGGCAAGCGGCGCUGCCCAUUCUACAAUUGUUCACUGGGCUGCCGGUUCGGUGGGAGUGAUCAGUUUUGUGGGGCCCAUGCUGGGGCGAAUGAGGAGCUCCAGAGUCCGACUCACUCUGAGGCUCCGACAGCUCCGGUGGCACAGCAGAACCACCAGUGGCUCCGUUGGGCAGACGUUCCACGGAACGUUCAUGAAGUUGCAGCUCAGGGCCCUUGGUUUCUGGAAAUUUUUGCCGGGACAGCUCGUUUGACAGAAGCAGUCCGCCAGAUGGGAAUUCCUUGUUUACCCCCCAUUGACGCGAUGAUCAGCCAGCAUGUGCAAGAUCCUUUUGAUGUCCUUGAUGCUGAUCGCUGGACCUUUAUCACGCAGCUCGUGCAAAUGGGGGCAAUUUUCUUUGUUCAUUGUGGUACACCAUGUAAUACUUUUUCUGCAGCUCGCAAAGCGGACGGGGGGCCGCCGCCCUUACGCAGCCCAGCCUGUCCGGAGGGAUUGCCCGCGCUCUCAGGCUCCAACUGGUUUCUGGCGCAGAUCGGCAAUCUGUUUGUUGAUCGCACUGUCGAAGUUUGUUUAGGGGUAGCUGAAAUGGGCGGUGAUUUUUCUAUCGAAAACCCCGAAAAGAGCUUGAUCUGGAGCACUCGUGGGAUACAACGCCUUCUGCGGUGCGCUCGCGCCUGGCUCAUCCAUUUUGAUCAAUGUGCGUGGGGGGCUCCCUCGAUGAAGCCCACCUCGCUGUGCGUGACUCAUGCGGCUUUUUCGCCUCUGCAUAGGCGUUGCCCGGGUCAUCAUGCUCAUGAAAUUCUUCAAGGACAAGUAUACAGCGAGUUCUUUGGCAAAGUGGUUUACCGCACCAAGCUUGCUCAAGAAUACCCACACAUGCUUUGUGCGGCGAUGGCAGCGGCCAUCUCAGCUGUUCGCGUGCGCCCUUUGCAGCUCCUGGUGUCCUCUUUCGGACUGCUCAGCACAGGCAAGCGCAAGCGUCUGCUGGGCAAGGCCAUGCACUGGGAAGGCCAUCGCCAACAUCUGACUGCUCAGUUGGCGGCGGCAUCAGGCUAUCAGCUCAAGCGUGGUGCAAUGAAACCUUUGCUGGAAGUGGAAUCUGAGCCUGGUCAGGCUAUCUUGUGGGCGAUGAGCAUCGAUCACCCGUUCUCGACCGAGAUUGCCGUGGAACCUGGCUUGCAGGCGGCUCUGCAACAGUUCGCCUCCUCCAGCGAGCACAUUCUGCAGCGGCGCUCAGCACUUCUGCAUAAGUGGGGAGCGAUCGCUCAGUCCUCUCUCGAGGCGACUGAUCAGAUUUUGCGGCGCAUCCCGGGUGCCCCUCUCCGCUUUUUGCUGAGGGGGGUCCCGGACCAUGAACCUGCGCAGCUGGGUGUUACUUGCCAUCUCGUGCUCUACAAACUGAUGCUUGCGGCCAUCAAUUCGGCUGAUCAAGAUCUUCCUCAUUGCCUGCUUUCUGGUUUUCCGAUAGUUGGGCCGAUUCUGCGAUCGGGCAGAUGGCCGCCGUAUGAGAAGGAGCAGUCGUCUGUGGCGGUCGCCUCGAUGCAAAGUAGGGCCUGGGAGAUCCGGAAGAAGAUCAUUGCACGUGUGCAAGCUGUGCCAAUCACAGAGAACCUCAAGAAGAUUUGGGAUGCAACUGUGGAAGAUGUUCAUGAAGGCUCGUGCAUAGGCCCGGUUUUUGAUCAAAAAGAUGUUUCUAAUUUAGUAGGUAGGGAUGAUUGGAUCCCCACUCAAAGGUUUGAAGUUGUUCAGAAAAAUAAAGUUAGGGGUUGCGAUAGUGCAACAACUAACCUGAUCAACCAAGCCACGGUGAUCACCGAGAAGCUUCAGUUGCCGUCCACAGACUCCAACGUUGCUGCAUUGCGUAAGCUCAGAGCAAUGUGCCCUGGCUCCGAGUUGGCAGGUUGGGUGUUGGAUGAGAGAAAAGCUUACCGUCAAGUUCCCAGACGACCUGACCACCGCAUGUUCAGUGUCAUUGCUUUGAAGGAACCAGCCUCUGGCAAGACUGCUUUCUUCGUGAUGAUCGGGCAUUCCUUUGGUUUGGUCUCGGCCGUGUACAACUACAACCGCCGAUCGGCAGCAAUCAACGAGAUCCUCAUCUCUUUGUUUGGACUGAUCGCUUUCAGCUUCUAUGAUGAUAAGUACGGUUUUGAACCGGUGCAGACUGUGGAAUCUGCCCAUCAGAUCGCCCAACAUGUUCACUGGUGGCUGGGUGCGAAGUUUGAUCAGCGAAAACUGCAAUUGAGUCGAUCGCCUACAAUCCUUGGUGUCACCUACAACCUUUGCGAUUUUGUUUUGGAAAUCAAGGAAGACCGCAAGUCUGACCUGAUCGAGGAGAUCGACUAUAUUUUAGGCUCUGGUUUCCUGGAUCCAGGUACAGCUGGGAAGUUGAAAGGUAAACUGAUGUUUGGUGCGAGCCAGCUCUGGGGAAAAGUGGGGCGCGCCUUUUUGCGCGUGAUCUCUGAACGUCAAUACGCUCGUUUCCCAGUCGGCGAUUCUGGUUUUGCACUGGACGAGCCUUUGCGGUUUGCUUUGGAGCACUGGCGACAUCUUAUCAGAGCUGGUCCUCCUCGACCGAUCGAGAUGAAGAAGAUCAAGAAACCUGACGUAGUCAUUUUUACUGAUGGUUUUACACCGGAUCCGAGAGACGAUGAUCCUCGUCCGGAUAGGGUAGGUGCAGUUCUGUUUGAUAGACGAUGGGAGGCUCCUCUCCAGUUCUCUGAGGUGAUACCUAAAGAGAUGCAGAAGAACUGGGCUCCCAGGAAGACCCAAAUUGUUCCUGUUGAAAUGAUUGCUCCUAUUUUAGCUUUACACACCUUCCGCGAGCGUUUGUUUGGCACUGACUUGAUUUUGCUGAUCGACUCUGAAGCCGUGGAGUCCGCUCUAGUUAAAGGAUACUCCAGCAAAUCAGACUUGUGCACGCUCGUGUCGGUAUUUUGGAAUUUAAUUUUUGAAUUGCGAGUUCGAGUUUUUAUUGACAGAGUUUCAACUGAUUCCAACCCAGCUGAUUGGCCUUCUAGAGACGAUCUCUCCACGGGAGAGAAGGCAGGUUGGAAAACCGUUCAGGCAUGUUGGCCGGGUGAGCUCUUGAGUUUCGAUAGGUAA